GUGGUUGCAAGCAGGCGCGCCAAAGCCUGUCAACUGAUAAUGCCAGCUCUGGUCUAAGCGACAGGGUGGCAUUAUACUCUUUUCAUAGCUCUGACAUUACUGCUCUCACUACGAUUUUGCCCCAUACUAACAAGGCGAGGGAGACAACAGACUGAUCCGAAACAAAUUCCCCAAAGAUACAAUCAAGAACCUAUUAACGAUGGGAGCCAUAAGAACUAUUGCACUUGUGAUCCUCGGGAUCUCUGGGUUCGUUUUCGUGGCGCUAUUCGGGAGACUCCCUGCGUUUCGCAAAACUCCCAUUGGUUGGCUGUAUAGAGCUCUUUGGAUACACAUCCCUAAUGGGCUUCUUUACCUUGACAGUUGGCUACUGAAUGGCUGGCUGUCUCACUGCUGGAAUUGUUCUGGUAGUUACAUUUUGCACGAAAAUCACCCGUUGAUCCUUAUAUUCUUCUCUUCCCUUAUGAUUGCAGGGCAAUUCCAUCAUAUAUGGAUUCCGAUCCUUGCCACCAUGCCCUACGUUUUGCUGUAUGCAAGCGUUACUACCAAGUCAUUCAUCACCCCAAAGAAUUACACAGUCGAAAUGGAACGCUAUCCAUACGAUAAGGUCAUAUUCCACCCAGGACAGCGUUGUCGCACAUGUCAUAUUGUCAAGCCGGCACGAAGUAAACACUGCAGCAUCUGCAAAGCUUGCGUUGCACGGCAUGACCAUCACUGCGUUUGGCUCAUGAACUGUGUCGGACUUCACAACUACCACUUUUUUCUCUCCAUGAUCUUGUCACUUUGUCUCAUGCUGAUCUACGGCUCAUGUUUGGGAUACACUCUCCUGUAUCAAACAUACGACAGACUGAUACCACCGGGCUCACCUUUGCGGACAACUCGACAAACCUGGACUGGAUUUUGCAACAUAUGGGCUGUAGUUAUCGCUGCGGAUAUUCGCAUUGGUGCUAUUACCUUGCUGAUGACCAUGACAGCCCCAUUGGCGGCAGCCUUUCUCGUGUACCACACCUACUUGAUCUGGGCUGGUAUGACAACCAACGAAAGCUCAAAGUGGUCAGACUUGAAAGAGGAGGUUGCAGAUGGCAUGGCUUACAAAUCUAGCAAGGCCGAAAUCUAUGGCAGCUCACCCUUGUUGGCCGAGUACCAGAGUGCUCAGUCCUUCUGGCCAGUGAGUAGUGAUCAGGUACUCAUACUGACCGAUGGUGAGCCGCCUAAGGAAGGAUGCUUACUAUCGCGGGAUUCCAAUGAGAUCAAGCAGCCGAGUAACAGGGACGCACCAAUAGAUCGGAGGUGGGUACAGGUGCAAAGUAUGAAGGAGAUUGACAACAUCUAUGAUCUGGGAUUUUGGAACAAUCUGCGUCAUGUCUUAGAAUGCUUCACAUUCACUGGCCCUCCAUCGUCAAAAAUGGCCGACCGCACGGCAGCGGAGAUCAAGCCGAAAUGCACCCCCGCGGAGCUCAUGUUGAAGGUCAUUCUGACGGGGACCUUGAGCCACUACGAAACCCGCGGGAUGAUUGACGACAAACGCUUAGAACACAUGCUCUCUGCCGGGAAGCAGAUUCUAUACAAGACACAUCAGGAGAGCGAUGUCAGACAUAACCUUGGCCUAUCACCGGAUAUCUGGCAAGGCUUCACAGAUGUACUGACGAAGGCGAUCCCGGUCCUUGAAUCCCAAUCGUUUGCAUGGAAGAGCCCCCCGACGGCAAAUUACGAUCACUCCUCUUCCAAUCUAAUAGCCUACAAUUACUUUUCGCUAGUCAAGGACAUUGAGCGCCUAAAUGAUCUCUGUACGAUUGCCCGUAACCUCCUCGCCACCACGAAAAAGGCGCAGAACAUGGCGGCGGAGAAAGGGUUCGAUCAGAGAAUCUUAGCCCUGGUAGAUACUUGCGUUAGAGUAACCGCGCGAGGGUUUGACGGGGAGACGAAUGCAAGGAACGAAGAGCGCUGGCAAAAGGUUGUCAACCUUUACAAGCGUCUCCUUAUCACCUGCUUGCAGUUCUUGCAUAAUUUCAUCAUGCACAACGAACAACGCAAGAUGGUGCUAUGGUUAGAUUUGUUUGGGUACCAUUCAACGGGCGACUCGAACAUCAUCCAGCCCAGGGAGCCCCUUGACCCCGCUUGCAGUCAGCAGGAAGGAAUGGCGCCUAUCGUAAAGACCGGAGAGAGGAUAGUAAAUCCCCCGAUAAGGGCUCUUUACGAUCAAACAGCGGAGGAUCUGCUCUUGGAAACCAUCUCAAACUUUCCGAGAGAGCCUGCCACCAUCAAGGAAGAGGCAGCCAUGUUGCUUCUUGCUAACAUCAAGGAUCACAUGGAAAAGCUGCUCGGACGCGAUUUGACUGCCAUACAGGAAAUGGGGAAGGACCCAGAACAGGUGAAGGAGAUUCGCGCCGCUCUUACCGCCAUACUUGGAGCAAAGGUUGAUGGUUGGUCUGAUCUCCAGGACAGGGCCAAGGACCUACCUCCUGCUCUGCCAGAAGAUGAGCCGCCUCGCAAGAAAGCGAUUGUUACGAUUGAUCGCAGCGCAACGGCUGGAUUCCCACGUGUCUGCUGGACCGAUCUUCCCGAUCUUGGAGAUUACGGUGCGCUUUCGGGUGGCGAUGCGACUGUCAUGGAGGAAGAUAUGAGCAUGCCGCGUUCGGCACAGUCAGCGGCAGAAACUCUGCAGGAGGCUAAAGACGAACUGAUGGCCCGGUUGCAGGAAAGCUCGCAGAUUGGCGACGGUGAUCAGGACUACGACACUGGUGAUGCAGGCACGGUCGGUGACGAUGACUCGCGAAGCCUGGAGGCUGUUGCAGACGGAAGUAUGGAGGAAGAAGAGGAAGAGGAUGACGAAGAUGACGACGACUAUCGCGGCCGGCCAGGCGACCAACAGCGGGGUCUCCUGACUGAUAUUCCACUCGUGCUGGGCCCUGCAGAAAUCGAGGCACUGCCAAUGAUCAUCCAGGCUGGUAUCGUGGAUAGUUUCGGCUUGAAGGGUGGGGAGAGAAGUGGUUCGAGGAAUAUGCAGGCCCUCAGAUGUCACAUUCUGCUCACUCAGGAGACGGGUAGGAACCUGCUUCGCGAGCUACUGAUCUUUAUAGCUGCCUGGGAUCUCCCUGAUGACGAACUCUACUUCAAGAUGAUGGUUCAGAUUAUGGACGCGGUUUUGAAAAAUGGUUUGAUGUCUCAUGCAUACUCCGAUUUCGGCCAACCCAAGGACAUCAUUUCGCCCGCGCAGGCAGUGGUUGUCAAGAUUCUCACGCAUAUCUUCCGAGCCAAGUACUCUCCUGCAUCGGUUACAGGAUCAACGCAGCCCAACGGAACAGCGACUAAGAACCCGGCCCCGCUUUCUAGAGUUGACAUCCUUACUGUCCGGUACAUCUUCACGAUCUUCCGCGGCAACAUCAUUCCCGAAACUUGUGCUUUGAUCUAUCUGCAGGGUCAGAUCCGAGCUGGGCGGGCUUUGCCUGAGGACUUCCCGCUGAAUCUAUGGGACAUGGAGCGGGUCUAUGAGGGUGUCUACCAGUUCCUCGAGUUCUUUGCUGUGCUCACGGAGAAUAACGACUGGAAGAAUCUGUUGGUCAAGUGGGAGAUUGUCUACGACCUGGUCACGUUAAUCAAGGAGCUUGAAGCCAGCAUUCCCAAGGGUCAGCUGAGCGCGCUCAACCUGGGACACAACAACCCCUCCAAGGAGCCCCAGCACACGGCUCCCGCGCCGGUUGCAGUUGAGCGCCCAUACGAUCCCGGUGACCCGGACCCGAUUGAUGCCCCCGGCUCUCGGGCCGAAUCACCGCCAAUCACCGAAGAUCCGUCCGAGUUUGAAUGGCGCAACCUCAAGAAACUCGUCGUGCUUGUUCUGUCGUCUCUUGUCUGGAAGUGCCCCGAGGUGCAGGACCAAAUUCGUCGCUACGGUGGUGUCGAGACUAUCCUGUCCUGCACCAACUUCGAUGCGCACAACCCCUACAUCAAGGAACACGCCGUCAUGUGCCUGAAGUUUUUGCUAGAGGGAAACCGCGAGAACCAGAAGAUGGUCGAGGAGCUAGAAGCGCGGGAAGUGAUGAAGGAUGACGCAGGGAUGUUGGAACGUAGUGGACUGGAGGCAGUCAUCGACAAGGCAGGCAAACUGGCCAUCCGCACAAAGGAUGGAGCAGACAAGCGGUAGCAUCAUCACCAUUCAUUCAUAAUGUGAACAUGUACAAAGAUAUACACUAUACAGUAAAUAGAUAUUUCCAUGCCAUACCCAAAACU